CGCGGUGUUCGCUUCAGAGCAGAAGAUGAUGGAUGAUGUGUCAUCGCUUAGAUAAGAUAAGACUAGUGCGUGCCAUCGGCUGCUUCAGAAAGGUGCCGAAAGUGUGGCGUUUGCUGAUGUAGCCAUCGCGGACAUCUUGUCGCCCGCCGCCAACUCUCUCGCACAUGAUACUUACACCUUCCAAGUUCCGAUGGCAUACAUAGCUUUACAUCGCCUCGGAAACUGUCCUGCAUCUAAGGAGCCACCAGAAUUUCUACCGCGCCCAUGCGCCUCGCCUCCAGUUCUCUAUGGAACCGCGACGGACACGGAGGAGCGAAGCGAUGCACAUAGCUUGGAAUCUCAUUCUUUCUAUCUCCCCUCGGAUCCCUUUCGUCUUAGGUACCCGUGUCGUAAGUAGUCCAAUGGACACCGGAGUCCCUGAGCAUCGUCCGGCGAGGAUGCGCAGCUCUGGUGGGGGAGAGAAAUGAAGCGUCGGGGAUCCUGAACUCCCCGUCGCCGCGCCUGGACGCGGCCGCAGGGAUCGGCAGACCUUCUAAAUCUGGAGUCACGUGCUGAUCCGCUCAUCUGGAGACCGCUCCGGUCGGACGCUCGGCUGUUCGCGGUUUCUCUUCCUCCCUUGUCCUGCCUCCCUCGGCCAACCGCUUCCUGUUCUUGUCCAAGACAGAACGACAUACAAGCAGACCCCAGAUGAUAGUGCAUCAGCGGUUCCCGGCUGGUUAGUUGUAUCUGGGUUUGAUCAUGAAGUUCUGGGAUUGGACUUCUUCAUCUUCAUCCGUCUCCGCCAAGUGGUGUUUCUCAUGCUUCAUCCAUGUCCCCAGACAUCGUGUAUCCUUCCAUUUUGUAGUCCUGGACCGAGUUCUCAUAGGAGAGUGAUGCGUUCCGGAUACAAACUAGAUUUCUUGCAAACCUCUGGCCUUGUGUCCAAGGAGACUCAAAUGGGGGCUCUUCCAUCGCCCUUCAGUGUCACCUGGUCUUAAUAUACAUGUGUACUUUUCGGUCCCUAAGCAAGUGGCACAGUACUUGAUUGGAUGCACGGCGAGGCUCAGAGACUCGCCCAAAGCCCACGCACGGCCAGAAUCACAUGUGCGCGAACUCCGAAACACGUGAAGAAUUUUUCCAUGCCCGUUUCCCGCCGCGUCCAGGGGCGCCGCUCGGAAAAUUGGACAAGUCACUCGGGUGUAUCCGGGAGGAUCUGUAUUUGAACCCUAACCACGUCUUUUCCUUCCCCCACUCUCGCCCGCCCCAGACCAUCAUAAUGUUCGUGGCCCGCCUCGCUCGCACCCCCGCUCUGCGCCAGAUUCACACCACCGCCCGUCUCCGCUCUGGACACGGAGACUAUAACCACCUCCCCUUCGUCGCGCCCUACCAAGGCGCCGCUAAGCUGCCGUUCGGCGCCAAGAUGGUCGCCUUCCUCAGCCUCGGGUUCGCCAUCCCGUUUAUCGCCGUGGAAAUUACGCAUGCCAAGAAGGCUUGAACACCACCGACACCACCUCUCAUCAUAGACGGAUGAUUUAGAAUCAGGAACUGGAUCUAGAGACUUAGACUAUCUUGCAUUCUAUGUACACUGCUGCGUCUAGAGUAGCUCUAAUUCAGGACGCCCGCUCACCAUCUACGACUGCUUCCCCCUCAC